AUGCCAGAGGGGCUACAUCAAUGCAAGCAUUGUUCUUCAUCAUUUGAAGUCUUGGAUGAACUUUAUGAUCAUCUUGAUGAAGCUCAUCCUUCCAACUGUCCUGUUUGUGGAAAGCUUGCCACUGAAAACACAAUUGCCUGUGAUAAGUGUGACCAAUGGUAUCAUCUUGGAUGUGUUUCCCUUUCUGGUGAUCAACUGCCCAAGGAUGAAGAGGAAUGGCUCUGUACUACAUGCAGGAAGCCACAACGUUCAAAUUGUGAGUGUCUUGAUCUUGCUGAGGAGAUGGAGAAAAAUGAAUCUGCUUUAAUGCACUAUUCCAUUGUGGAGUCAGAUGUGGAGCUGAAGAACCUUAUAAUUGAGGAAGAGGAGAAUGACUACAGUUGUAAAUCCAGCAGUCUGCAUUGCCGACUAUGUCCUGCACUGCCAGGACAGACUUGGAAAAACCAGGAAGAAGUGCUGAAGCAUCUUCAUCGCUCUCAUUGGGCUCAUGCAAUCCCUGUCCAUGCAGAGGAUUGUGAAACCCUUAGAUGCUUGCCUUGCAAUGGAGACUGUAAUGAAGAUUGGAUAUGUAUUGUCCUUCACUACCAUUGUCCCUUCUGCUUCAAGACAGCCACAGCAGCUGACAAACUUGAUGAACAUUUGGCUGAGGAGCAUGGAAAUAAGGUGAAGAAGCCAAAGAUGGAAGAGAAGCGACGUGACAUCAAACUCUCAGAUGCUCAACUUGCUAGUCUCAUUGAAAAAACACCUGAGGGGGUAUUUCAUUGUCGCCUCUGCCCCCCAUCAUCGCAGAUAAAAAGCCAUGAUGAGGCCAAAGUUCACCUUGUGUAUUGUCACAUCUCUGAACAAGUGAUUGUGAGUGGCAAGUGGGUCUGUCUUCCAUGUUAUCAGGACUGUGGGCCUCCCACACAUUACCACUGUCCCAUAUGUGCCAAGGUUUCCAGCAACAAAACAAAACUUCUUAGCCAUGUCACCAUCCAUCCUGAAGUCACACUAGACUCCUCAAAGAGGGCAGGGAGUUACAGUCAUCAGGAGAAGCUAGAACCCCUUGCUGUCCGCUUGAACCACAAGACACAGGUGUUGGAACAAAAGGUUUUGCAUGGGGAGGAUCAAGAGAAUCUCAACUCAUUCUUCAACUCUUUGGUCAUUAAACAUGAGGAUAAAUACAAUUGUCAGCUAUGUUGUGAGAAUGCCAUCCCAACUGAAGAGAGUGCCCGAAGUCAUUUUGACUCCUCCCAUUUCUCGCACCGUGUUGUGAUCAAGGAUGUCGGGACAUGCUUGCCAUGUCUCCGGAAGUGUGCCUCAGCAGGGGAUUCCAACCACUAUCAUUGCCCCUUCUGUGUGCACUUCUUGAGCUCACAGGAGAAAUUUGUGGGACAUAUUUCCAAGCACCUGAAGCUGGAAAAAGCCAUAAAGAAAGAAGCCAUCAAACAGGUUGUGAAGAAGGAUCCUCAAGUGAAAGAUGUGUAUGUUGAAAUCCAGAAUCCUCCAUGGAUGCAUGCCUUUCUCCACUCAGGUUCCUCUAUACUCAAUCAAAGUCAAUUGGAGUCUGUUGGGUGCAAGUCUGUCUCACAGAACUCUUCUAUUCCCAUUGAAACAAAGAACUUGGAUAUUAAGGACAAACAGAUGACAGAACUAAUUCUUGUUCCACCAGCCUCUGAAGGUGAGCUCAUCAGAUGCAAACUUUGUCCUGCUGAGGUGACCUUCUCUGACAUGGUCUUAGCAAAGACACAUUCUUUGGAGAAGCAUGUGUCUGGAAAAGUCUUGGUUCACAAUUCCUGGUUGUCUCUUCCAUGCUUCAAGAAUUGUGGAUUUUAUUCUGAUUCUAGAGAAAGCCAUUAUCAUUGUCCCAAAUGUCCUCUGCAGUGCAGACUGAAGCUUGACUUUGAACGUCAUGUUGUGACCCAUUUGCCAGAAAUCAAGGAGUCUGAGGCAUCAUCUGAAAGGAGGAAUGAUCAUAAACCCACUGACGGUAACACUGGGACAGAGAAAGCGAAGGGAAUUCGAGUGCGGAGUGUAGAGGAGAUGAAUAAUACUGUUAUGGUUAUGGCAAAUGAUGCACUUCCUGAACAGGGUCCUACAGAGUACAAAACCUAUGAGGAUCAACUCACAGAACAUAUUGGGGUUCCUUUAUCUCAGUUUCUACAAAAUGAAAACGGGGAGAAGUUUCGGUGUCGUCUCUGUGCCUCACCUUAUGAAAUAUAUGCUGCUAGAGAUGCUAUCAUUAGACAUUUGGAUGAAGUGCAUCUUAAGUAUCGCACCAUGGUGGCAGGAAAAUUUCUGACGGUCCCAUGCAUGCUGAACUGCAUUAUGUGCAUGGAGGUGAAGCCAAACAGUGAUGUUGGUACUGCCCAUUUCCACUGUCCACUUUGCAUGCAAAUUAUCAUAUCUGCUUAUAGUGGAUCUCUGAACCAGCUAGGGGCUCUGAAGACCUUCACCCAGCAUGUUUAUGAAGUUCACAAAGAGGGGUGCAAAAAUGAUAUUGAUUUAUCCAACUUUGUCAUAAAUGAGAAGGGUGAACUUGUGGAGAAGAUAUCAAACAAGUCAAUGGAAAAAAAUGAUACUGAAAUGCCCAAGGACCUUGCUCUGUCACAGAUUUCCCAUAUCUCUGCUGAAGAUGCUUCUCUUAUGGGGAUGAAUGUUUCCCAACCCUCUAUGCUCCCUGAAACUUCAGUUUCUCAAGUAGCACCCCUAGUCACUUCACAUCCUCUACCCACUGUAAUGCCUACUCAUCCUCCAACAGCUACAAUACCUACUCAUUCUCCACCAGGUAAAAUGCUUACAUACCCUUCACCAACUAUAAACCCUACUGAUGUAUCAGUGACAGUUUCCAGAGCACCCAUAUUUAAGCCUAUACCAAAAUCUGCAGGGGGGGUAACCAAUGAGUCUGUUCAUGUACCAGUCAUUACUAGUGUGUCAUCCAUGUGUCCCAUAGGUGUACCAAGAAACAUCCCAAUGCCAGAAACCAGUGCCCCUUUGGCUAAAAAUGGGAUUUCUGUCCCUCCUACAGUCACAAAUGCAAUAUCUACCUCACAAGAUGGCAUUGCUCACUGUGCUCAGCAAGAUUGUAUUCGAGAUCAUCGUGUAUGCAACAUCAACAUAGGAAUGUUUGCAAAUAUGAUGCCUUCAAUGGUGGAUGUAUACAUGGUUGGAGCCCUGGCUCAGCUGGUUGAUGCAUCUCACACAUGUCUCCUUUGCCCAGGGUAUCAUUCAUGGAGUAAUAAUGCAGAAGUUCUUGAACAUAUCAAAGCAAACCACCUGUAUGAGAAAGUUGUGGUGAGAAUUGAUGCUAACAAUGUCUGGAUCUGCCUUCCAUGCUAUAGAAUAUCCCUAGUUCCACCUCACUUUCAUUGCCCUGUGUGUCAUGCUGAUGUCUCCCCAAAAGGAGCAUUUCUCGAGCACUGCCUAGACCAUGAUACCAUUUUGGCACAAUCUCAUGAAAAAUUGUUCUCACUUCCUGAAAUCUCUAGCUCUCCAUCUUCCUCCCAAACUCAGGUCACCUCUUCCACUCAUGAAGAGGGUAGCAGUCUAAUCAGACAAAAUACUGGCAACACCAAAGCUUUGGAUAAAUCACCUUCUCGAAGACCUAGGACAUCCUCUACUUCAAUGUAUCAGAGCCCAUCUCCAACAAUCAUGGAGACAAGGUGUCAAUAUCAGGGUUCUAAUAGCAGGGCAGAUGAUUCCCAGGAGCUCACUGAGCCUACAAAAUAUCCAAGAAAGCAAAAGUUGCCUGUGACUGAAAAUAUUAUUGGUACAUCAAAUCCUGUGAUGAGAGGAAAGAGGGCUCUAUCCCCUCACAAUACUGUGGAAGGGUUGAGCAAAAAAGUGAAGGAAGGUGCCAGUGACUUAAUGAAAAUAUCAGGCUUCAGUGUCACAAAGAAACCAGAAAACUGCAGUUCUAUGCAUGCCUCAAACCCUCUUUGUUCCAUACAGUCCUGCAAAGCAAGGAGAGCACAUUUUCAUUGUCAUACAUGCAAUCUCCUUUUCUAUAAGAAAAGUGCGAGGGAUGUCCACAUAAAGGUUACUCAUAAACACAUGCUUGGCAUGAAGAGUAACUUCAAAUUGAAGCCAUCUGCCCAUUCCUCUGAUAAGGUGCCCAGCCAAAAGCGGGGAAGACCUCCAAAAUAUAGAGUGGAAGAGCAGCAGUCAAAUGAAGCUAGUCAAAAGCAACUUGCUGUUCACCCCCAUAAAGGCAACGGUGACCAAAAGGGCUCAGAGGAACCAUGCAUCAAGUUCAGUGCAAACUACACUCAGCCCUUCCAGAAAUCCACUCGGGGCAGGCCUCUGAAGCAUAAAUUGGGAGAACACCAGUCAAUAGAAGCUAGUCAAAGACAGCACAUUAGUUGUCAUCACAAAGAUGACAUCAAGAAAAGAAGCUCUGAAGAACAACUCAACAUAAAGUUUAGUGCAAGUUACACUGAGCGCUUUAUCCAAAAGCCUACUCCCAGGAGCGAAGUUGGAAAAUGCCUCUUGUGUCAGGACAUGCAGGAGCCUAUUCCAUUGAAACAACUUGAAGUACAUAUUGAAAUUGUGCAUUUGAAAAAAGCCCUCCUGAUUGAUAAAAGGCUGCAUGUGCCCUGUCGUAGACUUUGCCCUCCAUAUGACCAAAAGGAGAGCAUCCAUUAUCAUUGUCAUUCCUGUCAGGCAUGUUUCAGUGACAAGGAUGAUCUGAAAUGCCAUAUUUCUGUCGAUCACGCUCAGAAAAAAAUUAGGAAAAUCUCAAAUGAUACUCAUGAGGAAGGUUCUGAAUCUGCAUCAUCUCCUAAGUCAAGAUCACAUGAAAAAAAUUGGGACAAGCAGGUCCCUUGUCAUGAACUCUGUCCUCCAUAUCAUCAAGAGGAGAGGAUUCACUAUCAUUGCCACUACUGUGAAUCUUGUUUUGUUUCCAACAUUGAUCUCAAGCAUCAUAUUGCCUUUAGUCACAGUCAUGGAAAAUUGAAGGAACGGUCUAUUCAUAAUCAAGUGGACAGUGCAAAAGCCGCAAUACCUGCUCUCAAGAGGAACAAGAGGGGAAAGCUUGUAGAUGGUAGCAGUCAAGGAGAUCUGGGACCCACAAAAGGUUUGCAAAAGGUGCAUGAGAACGUGAAGGAAGCCAGAGGAAAAGCUAUGGAUGUAGUUUCCCAAGAGAAGAUAAAGGAGUCUGACAGUGCUGAAAUAGAAGUGCAGAAAGAUGGAGGCAUCAAGAAGGAGGAAAAGGAAGAAGGGGAUCAUAAGGAGGAAUUGAUCAGCAAAGGAGAACCAAGCCAGGAUGCCCAUGGUGGAGAGAACUCUAACUCAACAAAACAACCUGAAGACAUUUCUCCAGCUAUUACAUUAUCUUCUGUGAAAUCUAGUACAGCUCUAGAACCACCAUCUGCUUCAGCUUCUCCAAUUCCUUCUUUGAUACCUCCUCUUCCACCAUCUGUUACCCCUCCUCCACCUCCAUGUUCUCCUCCUCUUCCUCCACCACCACCUCCACCUCCAUGUUCUCCUCCUCCACCACCACCUCUACCUCCAUGUUCUCCUCCUCCACCACCACCUCCACCUCCAUGUUCUCCUCCUCCUACUCCACCUCCAUUUUCUCCCCCUCCUACUCCACCUCCAUUUUCUCCCCCUCCUACUCCACCUCCAUUUUCUCCCCCUCCUACUCCACCUCCAUGUUCUCCUCCUCCUCCUCCUCUACCAUUGCCACCACAUGCAUCUUCUACUGAAUCUUCUCAUGAAGAAAUGCCCUUGCCCACACAGGAUGCCAACUCUGAAUUGGUAAUGAAGCUAGAGAAAGGAGCAGGGAAUGGAAUGCUUCAAAAUCAGUUUCAUGGUAAGAAGCUCACUCAGGGUACAUCUGUAGAAGAAAAAAGAAAUGACGAAGCUAAUGACAGUGAACUCUGUGAGAAAGAGGAAUGUGAUAAUUGUGCUUCACAAAGUGGGAAGACUGAAGAUCUCCAGGACCAGAAGCUGGAUGAACUUGAUAGAAACAGCUGUGAUGAAAUAGUUAGUGUUGAUGCAGGACAAAAGAAAAAUUCACCCCAGAGCUUUCUUGAAAUUUCUCAUAAAGUUAAUGAUGAAAGUGUUUCUUAUGGUGCUGAAGUUUGUGAUUUUCCUGAGGGCAGAAAAACAAAGGCAUCAGAGUGCAACUUGGGCCUUGAUACUGACACAGUGAGAAAACUGGAAGAUAUGUCUCAGCUUCAAAGUGUUCUCCCAUCCAUGCCCACUGAACUAACUCUUAUUGAGGAAGGAAUUCAGAAGUUAGAAGAUUCAUGCCAAAUUCCUUCUGGUGACAUCUGCACUAGUGGGAAUGAUUAA